UCAAUUUGGCAUAAGAUGCUAUGCGUAAAAAUAGGUUAUGUUUUGAAUUUUUAAAUAAAGUUUUAACAACUUCCUAUAUUUCGAAGUUUGUGUAAUUUUCAGUUACAUCAGAAUAGAGCAACCAAUCCAAAAAUUCAAGUCUGGCGAAAUACUCAAAAGGGCACUCUCAAUAUACUAAAAGAACAAGAAGUUCGUGUAUAUAUUUUGUUUACGUUUUACUGGAGUGAUAAUAACUACAUACCUACAAAAAUCACUCACCUUGAAAUGAAAUUGGCUGUUUGCUACUAAGAUAUCUAUCAAUCAGUAGGUUCUAAGUAUCUUUUACUGUUACUUAAACUUAUCGCCCCACUAUCUUUAGAGUUAAGAUCAUCGAGAUGGCUGGAAAAAAAAUAAGUAUUAAACUCUCCAGUGGUUGUGAAAUGCCAUUAAUUGGCUUGGGUACUUAUGCGCGUAAAGCUGAUCCUGCUCAGUUUCGGGAAGCAGUUGAAUGGGGAAUUGAUGCUGGGUACAGACACAUUGAUACAGCAUCUUCUUACAAAAAUGAAGAAGAAGUGGGUGAGGGAAUAGCCAAUAAAAUCAAACAAGGGAUUGUCAAAAGAGAAGAUCUUUUCAUAACAACUAAGUUAUGGAACGAUUGCCAUGGAGAGAAAGAUGUCAUUCCAGCCCUGAAAGAAUCACUGAAAAGGCUUAAAUUGGACUAUGUUGAUUUAUAUUUAAUACAUUGGCCUGUUUCAGUAAAUAACAAAGGGGAAGACAUGAAAAUAGAUUUUUUGGAGACUUGGAGAGGCAUGGAAGCUGCAGUGAAAGAAGGCUUGGUGCGAUCUAUUGGAAUAUCCAACUUCAAUGAGCUGCAGUUAACUAGACUUCUAAAGAGUGCUAUCAAUAAACCAGUAGUUAAUCAAAUUGAGAUAAACCCUACACUUACUCAGCAUAAGUUAGUGGAAUUCUGCAAGAAACAUUCUAUCGUGCCAGUAGCGUACACUCCCUUGGGUCUCAUAUCAGAAGCGAGACCGGAGUUCAAUGGAAAGGAUAUCAUUAAGACUGAUCCAAAGUUGGGCGAGAUCGCAGACAAGUAUAAGAAGACUCGCGCCCAAAUCGCUUUGAGAUAUCUGAUUCAACGUGGCAUUGCAGUUGUACCAAAGUCGUUCACAAAGUCGCGUAUAGAAGAGAACUUGAACAUUUUCGACUUUGAGCUUAACAAACAAGAGAUGUCUGUUGUCGAUAGCUAUAACAUCGACCACAGAUGUGUACCUGGUACGAUAUUUGCUCAACACACGAACUACCCGUUCUAGUAGUCUAGACACAAAUCAAGAUAACACAAACUGUAAAUUUUUCUUAAUAGAUAUUUCAUUUUCUUCUGUGAUGUUUCUACGGAGACUUAACCAAUAUCCGUCCAGUGCUCAAUAUAUAUUGUAUCUUGUCUCGGUUUGUCUGUUCUUUUUAACUCUGCUUAAGCUGUAUAUUUUAUACUAAGCAACAUAAAACUCAAAAUCAGUCAAAAUUUGACAGUUUUGGGUAACUCGACCUGUCUAUAUAAUAUAGUAUGCCAUAUUAACUAUUAUAAUAAUGUAUAAAGGGUAAUGAUGCUCCUUUAUUGUGAUAUACCAACG